AUGGCUGCGGUUGCUGUAUCAAACGGGAUAUCAAACGGGAUCGAGGAUAAGGUAAGAUCUCCAAAAAUUGUGUCGAAAUCAAGCUUUUUUGUUAUUCAUUUACCUAAAAAAAGCCACUAGUCUCGAAGUUUCCGCACUUGGAAUAUUUGUUGUUUUGUUUUCCAAACGCAUCGCCUCAGAAACUUGAGUCCCACCACGAAUUGCCCGAAUUUUGGCAUUGUGUUUUAAGUAAAAAUUUAUUUUUUGCUCCUCGUCCUCUCACUGAACUCGUCGUUUUUUGCAGUCGCUGAACGGUGGAAUGACGCUGGACAACGGGCGAGUCAAGGAGGAAGAGGCCAGCUCCUCGGAGGACGAAACUCCGUGGGCCGAGCGCGUCUCGCACGAGGCCAGCCAGGAGAAGGAGGAGACCACGAAACGACCGGGCAAGCGCGACAUCUCGCCCAAAUCCGAGUCUCCCGAGCCCAAGAAGAAGUCCAGCAAGAGGAAAAAGAAGAAGGAUUCGGAUGACGAGAGUGAUUAUCAGGGGAGCGAUGAUGACGACGACUUUAAACCCGUGGUAAGUUGGAGUUUUUAGCAUUGGUUGUUGACUUUUAGGCGUGAUAUUUUUCUAGAAGCUUUUUUUGGAACUUCCGGUCUUUUAAUUUUUCCACAAUUUCGAAAGCUUUGGGAAAUUUUUAUUAUGUAUGAUGUCAGAAGGCAAAGUUAUUUUUUCAACGACUAAUUUAUUGUUUUUUCGAUGAAUUUUUAUAUCGUUAGAAAGAAUACGAUGCAUUCUUGCUGUUUUUGACUGAAAUUGGAUCUAGUUGAUUCUACAAGCGUUAUAAUUGACAGUUUUUCCGUGAAGCCACCUAAAAUAAUAUAAUUCUGAUUUUUUCAGAAGAAAAGCAAAGCAAAAAAGGAUAAGAAGGAGUCGAAGAGCAAGAAGUCUUCCAAGAAGGUAGAAGUUGUUGAAGCGCAUACUCAGAAGAAGAGAAAGGCAAAAGAAGAGCCAAGCUCAGCCAACUCUUCACCCAAGAAGAAGAAGAAGACCGAAGAAGAGGAGGAGGUCUGGAGAUGGUAAGAUUUUUUGCUUCCAGCAGGUGUAGAAAGCCUCCGAAAGAAGUUUGGUUAUAUUAUUGUUUCAAUUUUUAGGUGGGAAGAGGAGAAGAAACCCGAUGGAGUAAAGUGGAACUCCCUGGAGCACAAGGGCCCGCUCUUUGCGCCAGCCUAUGAUCCAUUGCCGAGCCAUGUGAAGUUCCGCUACAACGGGAAGGAGAUAAAGUUGUCGCCGGAAGCCGAAGAGGUCGCCACUUUUUAUGCAAAAAUGUUGGACCACGAGUACACUUCCAAGAAGGUUUUCAACGACAAUUUCUUCAAGGACUGGAGGAAAACCAUGACCUCAGAGGAAAGGGAGAAGAUCACAGAUCUAACCAAGUGCGAUUUCAAAGAGAUGGCCGCAUUUUUCGCCGAGGAGACUGAGAAACGGAGGAAUAUGACGAAGGAGGAGAAGCUAAAAAUCAAGGAGGAAAAGGAAGCCGAGACAAAAAUUUAUGGAUUCGCGAUCAUCGAUGGGCAUAAACAAAAGAUUGCCAACUUUAGAAUAGAACCUCCAGGGCUGUUCAGAGGUCGAGGAGACCAUCCGAAAAUGGGAAAACUGAAGAAGAGGAUAACGCCGAGAGAUGUGAUCAUAAACUGCUCGAAGGGAUCGGCCAUUCCUGAGCCACCAGCGGGAACUAAGUGGAAAGAGGUGAGUUUGGAGUGUUUUAGGUCGUGAUAGAACGAUUGGGUGUGUGGUUGGGUUGAAAGAUGAAAAAUAUUAUAUUGUACAUGACCUCAUGUGUAAUUUAAAAAUAUAUUAAUAUGAAGCCAAUAAGUGUGUCAGUAUUAAUAAUUGAACCCAUUGUUUAAAGCGAGAGCAUUUUCGGUGAUUUUUAUUUAGGUUUUAAUAUUACACAUGGCCUUUAUCAUGUGUAAUAUAAAGUUUUUUGAAUUUGAGAUCAGUAUGUGUGUCAGUAUUAAUAAUUGAACCCAUUGUUUACAGCGAGAGCAUUUUCGGUGAUUUUUAUACAGAUUUGAAUAUUACACAUGACCUUCGUCAUGUGUAAUAUAAUUUUUUGUCAUUUGCAUGGAAGUCUUUGUUUUACAUUAUAGACCAAGCCUGUUUAUGAUAUUUAAAAUUGAUAUUUCAACAAUUUAUUGAGUAAUUUUUGAGAUAUAGACCCUUUUUGAUACCUAGUGUAAUAUAAAAGGUUGGGAAUUUUCCAAUUUUUUUUUGGCGUUUUGAAUAGUAGUCUUAUAUUUUCAGGUCCGCCACGACAACACGGUCACCUGGCUCUGCUCCUGGACCGAGAAUGUGCUUGGAAAUAACAAAUAUAUCAUGUUGAAUCCGUCCUCCAAAAUCAAGGGAGAAAAGGACUUUGAGAAGUUUGAAACGGCGAGAAGAUUGAAGAAAUUGGUCGGAGAGAUCCGAAAGCAGUACACUGAAGACUUUAAGAACCGCGAAAUGAGAAUAAGACAGCGCGCUGUGGCCCUAUAUUUCAUCGACAAGCUGGCUCUGAGAGCGGGAAAUGAGAAAGAUACGGACGAAGCGGCCGAUACUGUGGGUUGUUGCUCGCUGAGAUGCGAACAUGUCACUUUGAACGAGGAAUUGGACGGAAAAAAGUAGGAGUUUUCACUAAAAGUCAUCAAUUUUAUAUUGAUUUAGGCAUAUGUUUUUGAUAUAAUUUUUUUUUUCAGAUAUGUCGUGGAAUUCGACUUCCUGGGUAAGGAUUCAAUCAGAUACUACAACAAGGUCCCGGUUGAAAAGCAAGUGUUCAAAAAUUUGAAAAUUUUCAAGGAAGACAAGGAACCUGGAGAUGAUCUUUUUGAUCGAUUGGAUGUAAGUUUUUGAGGGGAAAUGGGAUUUUUAGGGGCUGAUAUCGGAUUUUUAUUGCUUAUAAGGGCCUAAAGUGGAAUUAUUUUUGGGAUUUUGAAUAAUUUGGGUACCUAAAAUGAGAUAUGUUGAUCCUAAAACAUUCUAAAAUAAGGUUGAUUUUGCUUGAAAUUACAUAAAAUAAGGGUUUUGGAGCUUAGAACAGUCUAAAAUAGGGUGAAUUGUUUUAAAAACGACCUAAAAUAAGGUCAGUUUGCUAGAAAUUACGUAAAAUAAUGGCCUAAAACAGUCUAAAAUAAGGUGGAUUGUUUUUAAAAAUUGCCUAAAAUGGGGUUCUUUUACAUAAUUUGGAUCUAAAGUCAUCUCAUUUCCCUAAUUCAGACGUCCACUCUGAACUCACAUCUCCGCUCACUGAUGCCCGGCCUCACCGCCAAGGUGUUCCGUACCUACAACGCCUCCAUCACCCUUCAAAAUCAGCUGGAAGAGCUCACAAACCCUAAGGCGUCGGUGAACGAAAAGAUGCUCAGCUACAACAGAGCCAACCGAAUGGUCGCCGUGCUGUGUAACCAUCAACGGGCCGUCCCGAAGACGCACGAAAAGUCGAUGGAAAAUUUGGAAAACAAAAUCAAAGACAAGAAAACGGAGCUGAAGGAAGCCAAGCUGGCCCUGGAGAAGGCCAAGGGAAAGGACAAGGAAAAGGCCGAGAAAAAAGUGGACAGGCUCAAGGAACAGCUGAAGAGGUUGAAGAUUCAAAGAACGGAUAAGGUACGGGUUGGGUGGGGCUUGAUUUUUUGGGGGGUUUUUUGGGGAAACGAGCGAUUUUUUAGGGAAAAAGCGGAAAUUUUUUUGUUUUGUGGAUUUUUUUAGGGAAAAAAUUGUGAUUAUGGAAAAAUUAGAGCAAAUAUAGAGGCAUGGGUAAGCUUGGAGGGAAAAUAGAGCAAGAGGGGACCAAGGCGGAUAUUUUUUUAUAAUUUUUAUGGGUGAAAAUUGAUUUUUAUAGAUUUUUUUUCAAUUUUUACAUGGAGGGCAGGACACUAGGGUAUUUGAAAUUUAUUUUUUGAUAUUUUUUUAUCUUUUUUUCCAAUUUCCAGGACGAAAACAAACAAAUCGCCCUCGGCACCUCCAAACUCAACUAUCUCGACCCGCGAAUCUCGGUGGCCUGGUGCAAGAAGUACGACGUGCCGGUCGAAAAAGUCUUCAACAAAACGCAACGCGAGAAAUUCCGCUGGGCCAUCGACAUGGCCGAAGCCGACUACGUGUUCUAA